AUGUCAGCCAAGCUACAAGCCCAGGCAUCCAAGGAAGCGGCCUUCAGCGCCUUCUUCAAGCGCCAGCUCUUCCACAGCAUCCCCACCGUCUCGACCGACCUGCACGGACAAGUCGCCAUCGUCACCGGCGCCAAUGUGGGCCUGGGGCUAGCCUGCGCACGCCAGCUGCUGGCCCUACAGCUGUCGCGGCUGAUCCUGGCCGUGCGGUCCCAGCCCAAAGGCGAGACCGCGGCGCGCGAGCUCCGCGCCGCCUUCCCGGCCGCGCACGUCGAGGUCUGGCCGCUGGACAUGGCGUCCUACGCCUCGAUCCAGGCGUUCGUCACCCGCUGCCGGACCGAGCUGGCGCGGGUGGACAUCGCCAUCCUCAACGCCGGCCUCGCGCUGAAACGCUACCAACCUAUCACCACCAACCACCCCGGUCCCGCCCGCGAGACCACCCUCCAGGUGAACUUCCUGUCCACGGCCCUGCUGGCCCUCCUGCUGCUGCCCAGCCUCCGUCGCGUGGCCCCGGCUCCUGCUGAGAAACCGGGCCCCGGCACGGCGUUGCGUGCCUCCGCCCCCGGCCGUCUCACGCUCGUCGGAUCGGACACAGCCUACUGGCUCGAUGCCGCCGGACUGCUGCGCGGGCACGCCUCGCUCCUGGCCGCGGCCAACUCGCCCACGGGGUUCGACGGCCUCGAGCGCUACAAGCUGACCAAGCUGUUCGUGCUGAUGUUCGUCGCCAAGUUGGCCCGCGAUGUCGUCGCCGCGGACGAGGUGGUCGUCAACGUCGCCUGUCCGGGCCUGUGCAAGGGCACUGCCUUCGUCAGGGAACCCGACGACAACCGCGCCAAGCACGCGGUCGUCUCCGGUCUCAUCCGCCUCAUCGGCCGGACUCCCGAGCUGGGCGCUCGGGUCUAUCUCGAUGCGGCGCUGGCGCAGGGUCCAUUGAGUCAUGGGAGUAUGCUCAGUGAAGGGAGGAUUCUUCCAUUCCCGCCCAUUAUGUACAAGGAACCGGACUUGAUGGAUCGGCUGUGGAAUGAGAUCAUGGAGGAGUUCGAGGCCGCGGGGUUGGGCAGGGAGCUGGCGGAGGUGGUGGAUCGUGGCCGUGUUGCGAACGCAUGA